UUGACUAAGGUAACGGGUGUGUAAACCACUGAAGGAAAAAAUCGUAAUUAACUUUGUUUUCUCAUUGACAAUUACUUCACAGUACUAUAGAUGCUUGCUAGUAUGUAAAGCUAGCCUAUAAGUGACUUAAAAUCGCAAAAACAAUUUUAGAAGAGGUGAUUUCAGAAAAGUUAUGGCAAAAUCCAAUGAACAAAGUGAACCCAAAAUGGCGUCCUACGCAGAAAAAACAAAAACAGACCCUAAAACGAUUGAGCCCUCAGACAUGGUUAGUGUUAAACCUGUAUUUAUACAGGAAACAGAUGUCUUUGGGUCAAAUUCGGAUGGAGAGACUCUAAAAAAACUAUACCUGACUCACCCUGAAAUGUAUAAAGCUGUCGGUGAAGUAGUACCAGAAAGAACAAUUACUGGUCUUCAAAGAAUCCGAGGCUUAUGGAGAAUUUACCUCGAUGACGAAGCUGAGAGAGAUAUUCUCAUAUCCAAAUGCCUCAAACUUCGUGGUAAAUCAAUCUGGAUUUACUCCAGAAAUCCUCGUGUAACUGUACACGAAAACGUCACUGAUAUACGGAUAAGAGUUAAAGAUGUACCGCUUUCAGCAGACGACGGACAAAUAAUUAGAGAGAUGGAAAAACAUGGGUGCUUAAUUUUGAGUAGUAUGCGUGAACGGCUAAGAUACAACAACAAAGUGACAAACUGUCUAACAGGAGAUAGGAUCAUCAUUUGUGAAGGACCGCUAACAGAGCACAUCCCAAGAUCCAUUUUCAUUGGCAAAUAUAGAGCCACCAUCAUCUAUCGCGAUCAGCCUAAAAACAACCCUCAAAAUAUGAAAUGCUCAAAAUGUUUGCAGGAAGGUCAUCAAACAAGAGACUGUACAAAUGAUUGGGUGUGUAGGUCAUGCGGAGAAGAAGGACACAAACAAAAUGCAUGUACCAAAGAUGCUUAUUCGGAUGCACAAGAGCAAUCAGAUAAAGAAAACACAAAAGAAAGCCAUGAAACAAGUGAUGCAGAUGACGAGACUUCUGAAUCUGAUUCUGGCACUGACGCAACACAAAUAUCAGUCAAAACCAACAAUGAUGAAGUAUGUGCAAGCACAACGGCUACCGGACGGGAAGGUGCAUCAGUUGCAGAUUGUGAAGGUGUAUCAACUACUGGAUAUGAAGAUGACAACGGACAGUCGCAAUCUAUUAUCAAUCCAGUAGCUGAUCCACAAAAACGGAAGAAAAUCAAAAAGAAAAAAAAGAGCAGUAAAAAAAAUAGUGAACUAAGUCAAGCUGAAAUAACCUUAUUCAUGUCUAGUAACAAUCAAAGCACAAAAGAAUCAACCAAAAAAUCUCAAACUCCAUCAAAGCAACCUGUCAGUAUUUCCUUUCUGAAGUCUCCAGUGACACCAACUGAGAAGCUUCACGACAAAGAGAGUGACUCUACUGCCAAGAGGUCCAAAACAACUGUUUCCUAAUUAUAUACAUACAUGUAAUUUUUUUACCUGUGUUUGUAUAAGAAUUCAAAUCACAACAAAAUGAAUAUAAUGAUGUAUAAAUUAAUAUUUUAUUAUUAGUACACAUGUAUCACUUAUCCACAUUUCAAAAAUCAGCUGAACAUUUAGCUAUAAGUCUUUUUAUUUUAUUUCACUUAAUUGUCAGUACACAUCACAACAGCCACAAGUUUACUACCUUUAAAGAAAUGUACAUUCCUUUGGGAAUUAUGUACAUAUUCUCACACCAAAUAGUAAGCAGCAUGCACAAAAUCUCGAAAUCUUUAGAUCCUUUUCAUAUAAUUUUUUGUGUAUUUUUAUUUCACGUGUUGCAUAAUUACACAAGUACUUUUACGUCACUUUCUUGUUAUCAAAUAACUCUUCAGAAACGUUCCAGCGUAAUUGUAAUAAAUCCAUCAAUAUGUUUGAUUCAAGUUGAUAUUAGAUUAUUAUCUGCGAUUUCAUUCAACAAACUUCAACAGGAUAAAGCACACCUACAAAAAUCAAAACAAAAUUCAAUUACUAUAAUUCACAUGAAAACUUUGAUAAGUCAUACAAUACAAGCUUUUAAAACAAAUAAACUAGUUUUUAAGUUAGCUUAUCAAGUGGCCAAUAAUACUAUGCAACAUUGGCUCUGUAAAUAUUAUGUAAAUAGAAGGCCAGUAUAUAUUUUUAUGUUAUAUUUAAAAAUAUUAAAAAAAAUAGUUGUUUAUUUUGUGUUUAGCUUAAAGCUAUGUUUUUUUUCUUUUAACUAUCUCUGUAUAUAUUUUGCUAUUGAUUGUAUUUUCAUGUAUGUUUACAAACUUAAUGAGUCCAAAAUAUUUUUUUUGGACACAGAGGAGUCUGUAUC